AUGCCUCCACCACCGCCUCCGCCGCCAAUGCCAGGUAGAGGGGGUCCUCCCCCUCCCCCUCCGCCACCUGGGAACCUGCCCUCCAGACCGCCGGCAGGAGCUGGCCGGGUGAAGCCCCCCGUCGGCGCACUUCUCUCUGAUAUCACGAAGGGAACGAAACUUAAGAAAGCAGUAACAAAUGACCGAUCGGCGCCGAUGAUAGGGAAAACAUCUGGAGGAGCAUCAGCGGCACCUUUAGGAGGGGCUCCACCGGUUCCGGGAAUGGUAAAACCACCUGGAGGACUUGCGCCACCUGUACCUGCGGGAAAUAGAGCACGGAGUAAUAGCGACCAAGGUUCUAGGGACAGUAGUGCUGUCACCGGGUUAGAGCAACCGCCACAGUUAGCUGGACUCUUUGCUGGCGGGAUGCCCAAAUUGAAGAAACGAGGUGGGGGGAUCGAUACAGGAGCGAACCCCGAUUCCCCAUAUACAUCAGAUCCAGAGUCAUCACGAAGCUCUGCUCCAAAGCCACCUACGAUGGCGGCCCCCAAACCACCAACUGCGCCUGCUCCAAAGCUUCCAGUGUCGAGACCAGACUCCCAGAGCUCAGCACCGGCCCCGUUCAUUCCUUCAGUUGCAAAUCUUCGAAAGACCGCUGGACCUGGCGUGUCAAGACCUGCGUCUGCAGCUUCGUUAAAAGGGCCCCCUCCUCCGAUUGGCAAAAAGCCACCACCACCACCUGGGAUGCGCAAAGCGUCGGCACCCGCUGCUCCACAAGCACCACCGCCUCCCCCUUCUCCAGCACCGCCGCCUCCAUCAUCUGCUCCCCCUCCACCAGCUCCCCCACCUCCGCCGGCUGCUGCUCCACCCCCACCAGCUGCACCACCGCCUCCACCUUCAUCAGCGCCUCGACCUCCAGUAAAUGGAUCUACUCGUUCGACAGCACCUCCCCCACCUCCACCGACUUCUCCGCCCUCUGCAAAUAUUAGUAGUGUUGGUCACAACCUAGCUGUGCAAGCAGCCAUUCGCGCUGCAGGACAGGCAUCUUCUGCUGCUGCACCUCCUCCCCCACCUCCUCCCCCUCCAAGUGCACCCCCAGCACCAUCCUCUGCGCCGCCGCCACCAACUUCUCGGCAACAAACACAUACCCCGCAGCCAGGGAGAUCAAUGUUGGAUGCAAGCUCCUAUACAUUAUCAUCAAACGGGGUCAGCAAAAACCCUAGUCCCACUAGGAAUUCAGACUCUUCGAAGAGAGUCGUCAUAAACGACUCAAGAUGGAAAUUCCAGGACGAGUCCGAAUUCCCCAAGCCGAGAGAUUUCGUUGGACGGCCAAAGAAGUAUCGUGCGGGACGUGGUAGCAGUGUUCCUUUAGAUCUGAACAGCCUGCGAUGA